CUAUGAGAUAAAACAGAGACUGAACAAAACAGUGGGGUUGCCAAUUCACUGAUGAGAAAAAUAGAGGCAGCUAGGGGAAGGUAAAAGAGAAAGGGAGAGAGAGAGAGAGAGAGAGUGAUGAUGAGCCUUCCUGUAAGCUCAGUCACAGAGAGAGAGAGCAACACAAAAGAAGUAGAAGAGCGGGAGAGAGAGAGAGAGUGUGGCGGAGCAAGCAAGCAACAGGGACCUACCACACACACAGACACAAACACAGUGCUCUCUGAGGUGAAACUGCACAUGAUUUUGUCACCCCAGAGCAGACGGACUGGGUUGAUGAAUGAACAGUAGUGAGUUAUGUACAGCUGGGUGUACUGGACAGGGGAGACCGUGUUGCUAAUACCCCUCAAAGUGUCUUUUACACCACUUUGAAGUUUUCUUUCCAGAGCUUCUGCUGCGGGGGACCAAUUGUAUACCCUUCAAGGAGAAAAUAAUAAAAGGAGGACCAAAGGCUAAGAAAAUUGGACCAUCUCCAACUCCCCUUUUUAUUCUAUGGCAAGUCCUGUGGGAACCAUGUGUGAGGUGGACUGAGGGCUUGAAUGCCAAGCAGCAUUCUCUGAAGAAAAUACAAACUCUUAUGAGACUUCCACUGCACCCAACUAUCGGAAAACUAUGAGGAGGAUCCAUUGCUUAGUGUGAGCGAAAGAGCAAGAAAGAGGGGGAUAGAGAACUCUACCAUCCACUCCUAUCUAAGGUUUUCCUCCCUCCCUUCCUCCCACCCACCCACCCACCCAACCUCAGCUUCAAACGCCCCCCCCCCAACCCCACAGAGCAGAAAGCAUGAAAAAUCACACUAAUGGGUUUAUUUGCUGUCAGAUCUACGUCGAUUUGUCAUUCGCCGGGACCAUUUCACUUGACACAUUUCAUAGUUGAGUAAGCUGCUUGGCUUUCUGGCUAGAGUUAGCUGUGCUCCAGCUCCAGCAACACUCUGCUGCCAGGCUCAAAGCUCAUCAGGAAGAGAGCAGCAGGCAGCCAAACCAGGAGUCCUUCAGCCCUUAUAGUCGUUGCAGUUCUCCAGUUUGCAGUCUAAUCAUCCUGUUUAGGGUCCUUUCAUUUUUGUAAUCAGGCAAUAGCUUUAUUCUUUCCAAUUGUUGGACAGUUUGGGCAGACCAUUGCGUCAGUUGUCCAAAGAGGCUUCUUCACACGGUUCCAGGGAUAUUUGGGUUGAUUCAGUUUGUGUUUAAGAUGUGGUGUGGGCCACUGGUUGUGCUGGCUGCGGUGUUCUGGACCCAGUGUGUCCUGCUGGAAGGGGUGGACGCCAAGAAGGAGAGGAAGAGGCCGAAGGAGACCCCCCCACAGCACACAGAGGCGUACAACGCUACUCUCUCCAACAGCGAAGAGGUCGGCGAGAGCACCAAGAUUCCUGACAACCAGAGAGUAGAUCCCCUGGGAUCAUGGAUGGACUUUGUGAAACGACCCGUAGACAACUUCCCUGGGAAAUGUCGCAAACGCAAAAGGCCACUGCCAGGACCACCAGGUCCUCCUGGUCCUCCAGGCCCCCAGGGGCCUCCUGGAUUCCCCGGGGCAGAGGUCACCCAGGAGGUCCUCCUCCAGGAGUUCAAAGAGAUGAUAAAAGCUACAGAGAGGAGAGCUGCUGCAGUGGUCAAGCAGAGCAGUACCAGUCCUAGUCAGAUACCCAUGGCCCUCAUUGCCCUGGAAGGAAUGACCUCUUACAGGAGGAUAGAGGAAGCCUUCCACUGUAAACUCAUAGGACCUGUGGUUGUCGACAAGAAGACACUGAUGGAGCUACAAAACUUUCAGACGCUUCCUGCUAAAGGUGCCUUCCUCAGAGGGACAGGAAUGGACCAAUCCACAGGACGAUUCACAGCUCCCGUCACAGGGAUCUACCAGCUCUCUGCUAAUGUUCAUAUUGACCACAACGAGGUAAAGAGGAGUAAGAGUCAGCUGAGAGCCAGAGAUAAUGUGCGAGUGCUGAUCUGCAUCGAAUCCCUGUGCCAUCGAUAUACGUCGUUAGAGAUGAUUGUUGGAUUGGAAAGUAACAGCAAGAUCUUCACAGUGUAUGUGCAAGGGUUGCUGGAGCUACAGAUUGGACAGUACACCUCCAUAUUUGUGGACAAUGGUGCUGGGGCAUCCAUCACAAUACAGAAUGGCUCUGACUUCAUGGGGAUGUUGCUGGGUGUAUAGCCUCCCGCCCUGCCGUUGGGGCUGGGGGUAUUCCUUCCCUCUUCCCAUUGGACACCAGGGCCCUGGCCAUGCAAGGCAUCUGUCUUACCUGUAUCUGAUUGGAUUACUAACAGAUGCUAUCUGCCAAUCCCCAUCCAUGGAGGAGAAAGCAAAAGGCAUGAGCAGCAUUUGCAGCCAUUGAACUUCUCUACUUGGCGUAUCCUG